CUCGAUUGCACGUUCCAUCGUAAUCGCCUUUCGACGUGCCAAAACUUUAUUAAUGAAUGAUUUAAUUCAAAUAUCAAAAAUAAUAAAAUAGUGUUAUUAUCUUGUGUAAUAUUUGUAUGUUAUAACGAAAAGUUAUAAAAGUUCGAAAAAGUUACUGUGUAAAUAUUUAAUUGUUUUUAGUGUAUCGAAAAAGUUUAUUCAGAAAGUUUAAAUAAGUAGUGUCCUAAAGUAUAUAAUAUAUAUUUAUAGUAUAAUAUAAAUUCAGUAGGAUACUUGUUUAACUCGUUAGUGUUACAAUAUAAUAAAAAAAAAACUAUUUUUCUUAGUUUCCUACGGUUACCAAGGUGACAUCAUCUUUGAGUGAAUCCAGUUUAAACAAAAGCAGUUCAAUAGGGAAUGGUAUAUAAUAGUCAUAACUUGCAUGUUAGUAUUGAAAUAUGAAACUGAAUAGGAAUGUAAUAACGAAACAGUGUACCUAGAGAAUGUGUUAUGAGAAGCAAUGCCAAGAACAUUGAAGGAGUAGUUGUUAUGUGUUAUUUUGUGAAACAAAAGUGAGUGAAGUGAGUGCAAUGGACUCAGAUCUGGAUAUCCAGAAUUUCUUCAACUGCACGCGUGAGUUGAUAGGAAAAGAACAAUGGGCUAAUCUCAAUGUAACGCAACUGCUAGAUUUACUACCGAGUCAGAUACUCGAGGACAUCAAUCUUAGGAUAACACUUGGCAACUGCAUGGGCCUGGGAGAGCGACCGUUCAGUUUGCCAUGGUGGGUCCAGCUCGUCUGGUACAUAAUUUUUGCUGUGAUGCUUCUGCUCGCAAUAUUGGGGAACACUUUAGUUAUAUGGAUCGUUAUUGCUCAUCGCCGUAUGCGGACUGUUACCAACUGCUUCUUAGUCAACCUGGCAGUAGCUGAUUUGCUUAUGGCAACUCUGAACGGGGCUCCAAAUUUCGUGUUCCUGGUUACUGCGAACUGGCCAUUUGGAUCAGCGACAUGUACGGCUAGUAAUUUUACGGCCAACCUCACCGUCUCUGCGGGAGUAUUCACUCUAGUCGCCAUAACUGUAGACAGGUAUGUGGCGAUAGUGAAACCGCUGCAUCAUAGGCUGAGUCGGAAGGUGGCUCGAGCGGCUCUAGUCACAGUUUGGUGUUUAAGCGCAUUACUCGCUCUGCCCAAUUUGCUGUAUUCCGAUACAUACAGAAAGCAGUACAUAAAUGGUGAAAGAGAAAUAUGUUUCAUAAGAUGGCCUGAUGGGAGCUACCCAACAUCUAAAACAGACUAUUGCUACAACCUCGUAUUCCUGGCUGUGACGUACGUCGUUCCCAUGUCGGUGAUGGUGUGGGCGUACGCUCGGAUGAGUGCGGCACUGAGGGGGCGGGCGAUCGGCGAAUGCACUCACCACCAGAUGCAAGUGGUCAGAGCUAAGAGAAAGGUUGUUAGAAUGUUCGUCCUAGUCGUGAUGGUGUUUGCGUUGUGCUGGCUUCCUUACCAUGCGUUCUUCGUGUUGGCAUACCACCAUCAUUCGCUAACUUCGGGACCGUUGGCUCAACACAUGUACCUAGCCUUCUACUGGCUAGCCAUGGCGAAUUCGAUGUUCAAUCCACUCAUAUACUACUGGAUGAGUAACAAAUUCCGAAUCUACUUCCGCGUCGUGUUAUGCUGUUGUGGUAAAACGAAAAGUACAACCCCCAAUGAUUUGAAGAAACUCGAAGUAAACAAAUCAUUUUCUGUAAGCCAGAGGCAUUACCGCGACCCUUCUUCCUUCAGCCGAGCAUGACAUUCGCGGAGGCGAAGUAACUUGUCCCGCUCCCUCACACCUAAUGAUCAUUCGAAUGCCACCGAGCUACUUACGAAUGGAAAUACUCUAAGAAUGAAUCCCAAGGGUGAGAGAGACGACGAAACACUUUUCCACGUGUGUGACGACAAAUUAUAACUUGUGAGUUAAGUGUUUGAAAACUUUUCAUCAUUAAACUGUGUUACAAUACAAAAUUAUAAGUUACGUAUAAAUAAAUGUUGAUGAAAGCGAUUGUGCCUGUGUGUUAAUAUUGAAUAUUAUGUAAAAAUAUAAUAACUUAAGCCGUCUGAGGAUUUGAUACAAAUAUUAAGUAAGAUAAUGCAAAAAUAAGUGCUAAAUCGUAAUUUUAAUAGAUUUAAAAGCUGUAUAACUUAAUU